GGCUGCCUCCCGGCUCCGGCCCGGCCCGAGCAUCCCUCACCGGCAACGCCAGCCUGGGCCGGGCUUCCCGGGCGGGCUGCAGGACGGCGCAGACGCACUCGUUCCGCCUUCCCACCAAUCUCGACCCUCGACGCGUUCCGUUCGUGCGUGGAGGAGCCCGGCGGGAGGAGAGGCCGCUCCGUGGGCAGGGGCUGCGGCGCGCCCAGCGGCUGGACCCGGCGACGGCGCGGAUGGCGGACUCGCAGCCGUUCUGCGUGGCGGAGGAGCGCAGCGGCCACUGCGCCGUGGUGGACGGAAACUUCCUCUACGUGUGGGGGGGCUACGUGCAGGUCAUAAUCUUUUUGCUGGUGGAGGGUCUUGCUUUGAUGUUAAUGGCUGCUGACUCAUCAGGAUGGUGGUUGCUGAAGGCUAAAUGGCUGUGGCAAUUUCUUAAAUCUAUUGAAGACAAUGAAGUAUAUUUGCCUAAUGAUGAAAUUUGGACCUAUGAUAUUGAUAGUGGGUUGUGGACCAUGCACCUCAUGGAAGGAGAACUCCCUACCUCCAUGUCAGGAAGUUGUGGUGCUUGCAUUAAUGGAAAGCUGUACGUUUUUGGAGGAUAUGAUGACAAAGGAUACAGCAAUCGACUUUAUUUUGUUAAUUUGCGAACAAGAGAUGGAACCUAUGUUUGGGAAAAAAUCACCAGUUUUGAAGGACAACCGCCCACACCACGUGAUAAACUUUCUUGCUGGGUAUAUAAAGACAGAUUAAUAUAUUUUGGUGGCUAUGGGUGUAGGAGACACAAUGAACUCCAAGACUGUUUUGAUGUUCAUGAUGCAUCUUGGGAAGAACAGAUAUUCUGGGGAUGGCAUAAUGAUGUUCAUGUAUUUGAUACAAAGACACAGAACUGGUUUCAACCAGAAAUCAAAGGUGGAGUUCCACCACAGCCACGCGCCGCGCACACGUGUGCAGUUCUUGGGAAUAAGGGCUAUAUCUUUGGAGGACGUGUUUUGCAAACUAGGAUGAAUGAUUUGCACUAUCUGAACUUAGAUACCUGGACUUGGUCUGGAAGGAUUCCUGUUAAUGGAGAAAACCCCAAACAUCGGUCAUGGCAUACUUUAACACCAAUAGCUGAUGAUAAACUUUUUCUAUUUGGUGGACUAAGUGCAGACAAUAUUCCAUUAAGUGAUGGUUGGAUUUAUAAUGUCAUAACAAAUGGUUGGAAACAACUUAUUCACUUACCUAAAACAAGACCCAGGUUAUGGCAUACGGCCUGUUUGGGGAAAGAAAAUGAAAUAAUGGUAUUUGGUGGGAGCAAGGAUGAUUUACUUUCCUUGGAUACAGGCCACUGUAAUGAUUUAUUGAUCUUUCAAACACAGCCUUAUUCACUACUCAGGUCAUGCCUUGACUGCAUUGGCAAAAAUGCUAUAAUUUUAGAAAGUCAGAUAUCUUUAUUACCUCCUAAACUUCUGCAACAAGUACUCAAAAAAAUAACAUUUUGGACUGCAGCUAAUCACCGAGAAGAACAAAGAGCCCAAAAAGAAGAAACAGAAAAUAAGUAUCAGUGGAUCAUUAGCAAUUAAAUUGUCAUAUACUCUAUAUAUUUAAUAUGUGUAAACAUUUUAAUCAGACUGUAUAUUUACCCCCCAAAUUGGAGGCUUUAUUUAGAAGAUAAAAAUUGAAACAAAAAUGCUAUGUUAAAGUGAUUAUAUGUCAUGAAUAUAUGGGAAUUAGAUGUUAAUGGAAGAUUAUAUUUAUAUUUGUAAACUAAUUUCCUAAUAAGCUGCGGGAAGAAAUAUACUUUCUGAAAGUAAGAACAGUUGUAAGAGAUUUUAACUCACUGUGUACUCUUUACUGGAAAGUUUACAUGAAUUUGAGGAGAAUAAGAAAUUAACCCAAGGACUUUAGAAAUCCCCCAACAUAAUAAUAGAUAAAAGCAUUAUACAUCAACUUUCAGGAAGAAUGGAUGUUCUCAAGCCACUUUAAAAUUAAAGCUUCUCAUUAAAUAACCCAGUUAUUUAUAAAACUUCUCCUUAAAUAACUGAUCCAGCUGGGCAAAAUGAUAAAAUUGGCAAACACUGAUGUGUGUUUAGUACCGGCCUCCUACCCUUCUGCACUUACCUAGCAAAAUCUUGUUAAGCAUCGUCGUAACUUUUCCUCACCUUUAUUUAAGGAGCGGAAUACAUGUCUUCAAUUGUCCAUUACUCCUAAGUUAUUAGUUUGUCCAAAUUUAUAUAUAUAUAUAUUAUAUAUAUAUAAUAUAUAUAUAUAUAAAGACCAUGUUUUAAAGUGUCUAAAGUGGAGGUUUGCUUAUCAUACAGGCUUUGAAAUAUUGAGAAGCAGUAGAUGUAUUAACUUUUCAGACACAUUAAAAAAUACUUUUGCUUUGGAAGAGUGCUUCUAAAGCAGUUUUUGUAAGUAAUGAAAUGGGAUGAUAACCUAGUAAUUUGCCUGUAUAGAAACCCUGCUAUUUGGCCCACACCACUCUACAGAGCUGGUACUCAAGACCCACGAACCUGGAAAUAUGUUCUUCUCCCACUGAUGGUCAGUAUUAACUGCCUCUACGGAAAUGGCACACUGUAUUUAUCUUUAUAUUCCUUAAACUAGUACUUUUGCCAUAAUUAAGAAAUUACUCAUAUUAUCGGUUAUACCCUUCCACUGAAUUAUUAAUAACAAUGAAUUAUUUAAAAGCUCAGUAUAUGAAAUUAUUCUCCAUAAUACCACCAUUCAGGUUAUCUCUAAAAUUUAAAAUGUUAGAGAGAAUAUAUUUCUAUAUUGAAAAAUAUAUGUAAUUUAUAAUAUAGUAGCUUAUACUAGGUCAUUAAAUUUUACAGGUAUAUUUUAUAUAUGUACUGUAUUUUGGAUGUGUAAAGCUUCUAUUUAUGUAUUGAAAUACUUUGUGCUUACAUUUUAUUUAUUAUAUGAACCAUAUAUACUAUUUUCCUAGUUUUGUUAGUGUGAACCAGUCAUUAGAGUUGAUUGUGCAAAUAAUA